GUACGAGAGCUUACGAUGGAUUGCUCUCCACUAUGCUUAUCAUUGUACAUUGCACACCCGCGAGUUCAAGAGUAAUUGUGACUCGCAAUAGUGUUCUAACAACAUCGCUUCUACUGACAAAAGAUGAGUUAUCCAUUUUUUACGCUCCUCGUUGGAGCUUUCUUGUUAUUGUGCUUCUAUUUGUAUUUGAGACACAACCAUUGGAAGAGAAAUGGAAUUCCAACUGUCAAAGGAUGUAUUCCAAUCCUGGGCCACCUGUUACCCCUAAUGACGGGAACAAUGAAUUUUGCCGAAUUUAUUCAAAAAACAUACAACGAGUACAAAGAUUAUAGCAUGGUCGGUAUGUACAAAGGAACAACGCCAAUGUUACUUGUUCGGGACCCUAAUAUAGUGAAAACCGUGCUGCAAAGUAAUUUCUCCAGCUUCCACGAAAAUGGAUUGAAAAUCGAACCGAAUGUAGAUCCUCUUUUAUCCAAAAAUCCGUUUUUCUGCUACGGAGAAGUAUGGUCGAACGGAAGGAAACGACUAACCUACGCGUUUUCCAACGUUAGAUUGAAGAUCCUUUUCACAGCUGUCACCGGAGUGUGCAAGAAAUUCGAAAAUUUCCUGAACAAACAGCUAGAGAAGAACAACAAGUACGAAGUCGAACUGAAAUCGUUAUUCUCAAAAUUCACUGGUGAAGUUGUGGCGAACGCUGGUUUUGGCAUCGAAGGUCACUGCUUCGAAGAUGCACGAAAUGCAAAUGCCUUCGAUCAACUUUUUGGAGAUAUAUUCGCGGAAUCAUUAUUAUCUAUAAUUAGAUCCUACCUUCCAUCUAUCAAUCGCUUCUUGAAGAUCAAAUUCCUGCCUAAACGACUGGACCAAUUCUUUAGAAACAUCGUCACAGAAAAUCUGGAGAUCAGAAGAAACGAACCAGUACCUAGGAAUGAUUUCCUGCAAUUAAUGAUCGACAUGGAAAAAACAGGGGAGCAUAUCGAUGAAGAGGUUGUAGCAGCUCAUGCAGUUUCUUUUUUCGUUGACGGAGUUGAAACAUCCAGUGUUACCUUACGUUUCAUUGGAUACGACCUGGCUGUUCAUCCAGACAUUCAAGAAAAGUUGAGAAACGAAGUGAUAUCUACGAUCGCGAAACACGGAGGUUUGACGUACGAGGCAUUGAAAGACAUGACGUAUAUGAAUCAAGUGAUUAGCGAAUCUCAAAGAUGUCACGCAGCUAUAUGCUUCAUGCAUAAAAUGUGCACAGAGGAGUUCGAGUUGCGAGGGUCAGAUGGAUUGACCUAUCGCGCAAAACCUGGCAGCGAGAUAUUCAUAUCCGUCCAUGGAUUGCACUCUGAUCCUACAUAUUGGGUUGAUCCAGAAGUUUUCGAUCCGGAACGAUUCAACGAAGAGAGAAAACAAACAAUAGAAAAAAUGGCAUUCCUUCCUUUCGGCGAGGGACCAAGAAUUUGCGUUGGAAUGAGAAUGGCUAUGCUACAAAUGAAGGCUUGUUUGGCUAAUUUGUUAAGAAAUUACAAAUUGGAAUUAUCGCCAAAAACCCACAUUCCGUUAAAAAUGUCGGCAAACCAUAUUUUAUCCGAAGUAGAUGGUGGAAUUUGGGUAUACAUCUCUAAGCUUUAAAGUUAUUGUAUCGCUAUCUUUGUUUACUUGAUAAUAAAUUACAAUUUCAAA